GAUAUCUUCCUAAUGAAUCCAGAUUACGACAACUUGUUCAAAAUCCUUGUGAUAGGCGAUUCUGGUGUUGGAAAAUCGUGCCUAUUGAUGCGCUUCAUAGACGACAAGUUCACAGAGAGUUUUAUAAGCACCAUAGGAGUGGACUUCAAAAUACGCACGAUGAAUGUGGGAGAAAAAAUUGUCAGACUACAAAUAUGGGAUACCGCGGGACAGGAACGAUUUCGCUCGAUUUCGGCGAGUUAUUACCGAAACGCGCACGGAAUCAUCUUGGUGUACGAUGUUAAUUGGAUGGAAAGUUUUUUGCACAUCGAUCAAUGGUUAAGAGAAAUCGAACGGAACGCGGGAGCCAGAGUAAGCAGACUUCUUGUAGGAAAUAAAUGUGAUCUAGAAGGUAAACGACAAGUUGACUAUGCAGUGGCAAAAAAAUUCGCCAAGGACAUUGGCGUUUCGUUCGUUGAAACAAGCGCGAAAAAUGACACUAACGUUGAUGAUGUGUUUUACACGAUGGUUGAAGAACUAAACGAAAAACUGGCGAAUGGUUUACUUAUAACGGCCACUCCCCCAGGCAAAAACUUAGGUUUGAACAGCGAUCAGUUACCUGCUGAAUCAACUAAUCGACAGAAAUGCUGUAAUUUUUCCUAAUUCAUUGCAUAGUGGUCGGUAGUCACAUGGGAAUUACUGUAUUCUCUAUAACACUUGUGAGCUGCUGGUCAGUGGUGAUCGAUGAGCAGAUGUUUUCGAUUCUCGCACAAUAUAUAUUGUUGACUGUAAGACAGGUAACGAGCAAAGAGAGGAAAGCUGAACACAAUAUACAAUGAUAAGAUAAAUGAUUACAUAAAUCAUGAAAUGAAUAUAUUAAUAGAUAAAUGAUAAGUAAAUAAACAAACAAAUAAACUA